AUGAUGCUACUCGACGGCUCUUUUGUGAUUGAGAUCAUAAUAUCCUGGGUAAAGGAUGUGAGUGAACUCAACGUCGGACAGAAUACGAUCAAGAAUACGAUAUGGUCGCUGUUAGCAGUAGCGCAAGACAUGUUGCUGCUGGAAAACCAGCUCCCUUUCUUUCUCCUCGAUCGUUUAUAUGACACUGCUUUUCCUGAAGAUGCUGGCGGCCAAACAGAGCUGACACAAGAAUUUCUACGCAUGUUCAUCAUGUUCAUGAACGACAACGAGAGAGUCCCCAGCCAUGGUGGCCCUGAUUUCCAUCAUAUUCUUCAUCUAUGCCAUUUUUGCAUUCUCCCAGCAAAGAAGCCAAAUGACAGCGACUCGGAUUCGUUCGAACAACCAAAUGGAAAGCUGGAGAUCCCUCAGCUUGUGGUCGGUGACGAUACCAACGUGCUGUUCAAGAACCUCACAGCCUUCGAGCAGUGCUCCCAGGAAGCUAGAACGUAUCUUACGGCCUACGCGUCACUCGUGGAUUGCAUCAUCAACACUGCUGCCGACGUCGAAUUGCUCCAGAAAGAUCAAAUCAUCAUCAACACAUCGGGCGACAACACCGAAGUCGCCAAUUUCUUCAACAAGCUUUGCAAAGAUGUGCUGAUCAAAGACGAGGACUAUCUUACAAGCAUCUACAGAGAUGUCAAUAAGCACUGCGGCAUCAGAUAUCACAUAUGGUGGCGAACUCUACAUCGUGAUUACUUCAAGAACCCGUGGACGAUCAUCUGGUUGUGUGCAGCCAUUUUCGCCUUCAUUCUCACCAUUCCGCAGACCGUGUAUCCGGUCCUGGGCUAUAUUCGACCACCUAAAUAA